AACCGCGUCCUCUUCGUUUCAACUUCGCCCAAUAAUUUGAGUCAAAAAAAGUAGAACAAUAAUAAUCCCACGCGCCUUCUCUUUCAAUACUAUUUUGAAUUUCAUUCAUUUUGCUAUUCACACACUCUAUUACUCGCCGCCACCACCGAUCAUAAAUUCAUUCUCUUCUUCUUCCUCCCUCAUCCGUCUUCCGCCGCCGCGAAUCUCACGCACGUGCAAUUGCAGUCAAUUGCAGAAAAAAAUGCCAGAAAUUCAGUUGGGUGUACACACUAUCAGAUCACAUGGAGCUAGAGUCGCAAGGAUACAUAUGCAUGACUGGUUGAUUCUCUUGCUUCUUGUGGUAAUUGAUGCUGUCUUGAAUAUAAUAGAGCCAUUUCAUCGUUUUGUUGGAGAGGGGAUGUUGACGGACCUUAGAUACCCACUAAAGGAUAACACUAUUCCCUUUUGGGCAGUUCCGGUAAUAGCAGUAUUGCUGCCACUUGUCAUCUUUCUUGUCUACUAUUUCAUUCGAAACGAUGUUUAUGACUUUCACCAUGCCAUAUUGGGCCUUCUAUUUUCUGUACUCAUUACUGCGGUGAUAACUGAUGCUAUCAAAGAUGGUGUUGGACGGCCACGGCCGGAUUUCUUCUGGCGCUGUUUCCCUAAUGGAACAGGGGUGUUUGACAAAGUAACAGGUGAUGUUCUGUGUAAUGGAGAUAGUAGUGUUAUUAAGGAAGGUCACAAAAGUUUCCCAAGUGGGCAUACAUCUUGGUCCUUUGCGGGUCUUGUUUAUCUGUCUUGGUAUCUUUCAGGAAAAGUUAGGGUGUUUGACCGGAAUGGUCACAUUGCAAAGCUCUGUCUUGUUCUCUUACCUGUCCUCAUGGCAGCAUUGAUUGCUGUCUCUCGUGUUGAUGAUUAUUGGCAUCAUUGGCAAGAUGUAUUUGCUGGAGGUCUUAUAGGGACGACGAUUGCUUCUUUUUGUUACUUACAAUUCUUUCCACCUCCAUAUGACACUGAUGGUUGGGGACCCCAUGCAUAUUUCCAGAUGUUAGCAGAAUCUCGGAAUGUUCAGCCUCCCGUCAACAAUGACAGUCAACUUGCACAAUCCGCGGAGCUUCAGGCCGUAUCUGUGUACAUUCCAUCUCAGCAUGAUGGAGAUGCACGGGGAAAUAGCUGGGAUUCGAGCCCCAUGUUAGGUGGUGGAUUAGCACAAAAUGCAAGGAUGCAUUGACUGCCCGAAAGACAUAGGAAAGAUCAUGAGAUGUCCAUAAUUUGUAAAAAUUAUAGAAUUUUGAGAGGUUUAGUUGCAGUUGCAGAUAAUCGGCACUUUGGUGUCAUUCUCUGUUAAGAAAUCAAUGUCAAUUGCCUUGGUUCUUAUAUGGCUGUUGAAUUGGAGUAUUUUGCUAGCUAUCCAUGUCUCGGCCACGUAUCUGAUUGUUGUUACUGCUUUUAGUCCAUUUAUUGUGUAUACAAUGAGAAUGUUUUGUGCGA